UGUCUCCACAGAGACGGACAGCUAACGGCGGAGCGUACACAGGCGGCGGAAUCCUAUUUAAAAUGGGGGAAGAACUAGAUCAUUUUCUUGAGGAGCAAAGGGCCAAACUAGCACGAGACAAGGCUGAACUGGAAAAGGAUCCUCCGUACAUGGAAAUAAGGAGCAAACGGUUUGAGAAUACCCAUGUAGCUGAACAACCAAGGACAUAUGCCAAGGAAAAUAUCCCACCUAACAGGCAAUCUCAAAAAGAAUCUGUACAGAAGCAAGUAGGAGAUACUAGCUAUGGGUUGAGUUUACCUCUUGGAGAAGAUUAUGAAAGAAAAAAGCACAAACUAAAGGAAGAAUUACGGCAAGAUUAUCGAAAAUACCUCAAUCAGGGAAAUGCUGAGGCCAAACGAAAGAAACACCUGAGAAGUACAGCUGAAGUAAACCCACUCACUUUUGGAUUGUCUCUCCCCAUUGGUGAGCGUCUGUCAGCCAAGGGAAGACUACGUCUUGAGAGGAACCAAGAGUACAAUCAGUUCCUCAGGAUGAAGGAAGAUGAGCAUGAUGAGAGGCUGCAGAAAGCAGCUCUGGAGGAAGAAGAAUAUGAAGAAUAUGCUCAGAGUAAUAAAACUCAGAACAGAAUAAAACCUCAACAGUACCCGUCGGUGCCAAUAUCCAGUCGAGACCAAGCCCUUCCCAAGAAGGAUGCUUACAGUUCCAUGGAAGUUUAUGAGCGGCUCCUCAAAGACCGACGGUCUGAAGCUGAGAGGACUGGGAGAAGAGACAAUCAAACUGAAACGGAGGAUCCUUUUAUCAGAAGGCCAAAUGUUGGUAACGACAUGAUGGAUCAUCCUCGAUACAUUUCAAGAGAUCGGGACGCAGAAAGAAGACCCCUCAGACUUAAUUUAAAUGGCGAGGUUGAUGACAAUUAUUCCAGUAGAUUAAAAUAUGACAGAGAAGUACAAGACAGAAGACCCAUAAGAAAUAACCCACGUCCUGAAAGGGUAUUACAUCAGCAUGGUGACGUUCAGGAGAGCGAUGAAUACCGACCAGAUCGAGCCUCCUAUUUUCAGAUGGAAAGGAGUGAUCACAGGCCUUAUAAAGAUAGGAAAGAUCAAGAAUAUCCUGUUAAUUAUGAAGAUGAUUUCCAAGAGCAACCAAAUCGAAGGCCUGUUACUUCAGUUAUGAGGAACAGGACAAAAAUUGAAAACCCAGUUCAGCAGAAUGAACGCUCAAAGUCUGCCAACAUUAAAGACGAAAACUUCUCAAUGGGCCUUCUACUUGGUGGAUCAGAUAAAGAUGAGGCUCAGAAGAGAAGGAAAGAGCGUUACAGGCAAGAACUAAUGGAACAGAUGGCUGAGCAGCAGAGAAACAAAAGACGAGAGAAAGAACUGGAACUAAAAGUUGCUGCUACUGGAGCCAUAGAUCCAGAGAAACAGCCUGACCGGUUACGACAAUUUGGGGCAAUAUAUCGUCAGCAGGAAAUGUCAGAUCGAAAUGUCCCCUAUCGUCCUGGAAUACUGGUUGACCAACAGAAGACAAGCAGAACAGUGAUUGAAAAUAAACCACUUAUUGAUGAAAGGUCUCCACCGGAAAGACCUAGAGUAGCCUUUCAGACUCCUGUGCCUGAGCCUGCUGUCACUGGUAAUGGCUUUCCUAUAGCUUAUCAUCCAGCCAACGAGGAAUAUCACCGAGGAAUAUCCAACACUCUUGGAGAAAUAGUCGCUCCCAGGAUUGCAGUGGUACCUCCUCCUCAGCCCCCGAUUCUAGUAGAUAACUACCGGACACCUUAUGAUGAUGCUUAUUACUACUAUGGCGCUCGGAACCCGCUGGACCCAAACCUUGCUUAUUAUCCCCCAGGUGUGAUGGCUAUGCAGGCCGCCCCAGGAAUUGGCAUCCCUGCGACAAAUGCCAUGCAGACUUAUCCAGAGGGUCACACCGUUGACAAUAAACAGAGAUCAGGUGCUGGAAGGGGGGCCAGCUUAGGAACAUUUCCAGAAGAAAGACCACGACAGACACGAGAAGCUGUUCUUUCAUAUCAGGAGGAGCUGGAGCAUCAGAUAAGGGAGAAAAAUGAAAGACGCAGAAAAGAUAAAGAAGAGACAGAACGUUAUGACGCUAAACUAGAAGCAGAUAUAAAAAACUACAACCCAUGGGGUAAAGGCGGUGGAGGAGCUCCACUGAAGGAUCAAAAGGGAAAUCUAAUUACGGACCUUAAGCAAAUGCAUAAGCACAAUGAAGAUGCUUACCAAAAUCCUGAAGUUAAUGCCUAUCAAGAUAAACGGGCAGCUGUUGCAAUGGACACCAGUCUGGCUGAUAAUAUAUCAUCUACUGGCAAGAUACCAGAUAUCCUCGAGACUUUCACUUGCUUUUCAUUGUCAGGAUUCUCAUUUGCAAAUAAUUCCCAAUUUGCAAGAGGAAAUGUAUUUUCGGAGCCACCAACUGAUCAGCAGGUGCAGCAACAAGAAUCUUACAAGAACUUCUUACGCCAACAGAUUGAAGAGAAGAGACGAAAAGAAGAGGAGGAACGCGAACAAAUUCGUCUUGAAGAAGAAAGAGAAGAAAAACGCCUAGCUGAACAGAGGGCCAAGAUUCAACGAGAAUUUGAAGAAGAGCAAAAUAGAAAGAAAAUGAAGGAGGAAGAGCAACGGCAAAAAAAUGAGGAACUGGUUCGUCUGGCUGAUGAAAGGCGGAAAGAAGCUGAAAGAAAAAGGAAAGAAGAGGAAGCAAAACAUGAAGAAGGACUGAAACGAUUAUAUGAGCAGGAGGAGAGAGCAGCUAAUGUAGCUGAAGAGCAAGAGAGGCCUCCAAGGCAGCCUUCACCAGUGAUCCCAACUUUACAGCACAAGCUCUCGUCUCGUACACAGAGGCCACCAACUGCAGAGAGUGAAGUGUCUAUCCAGUCACGUGGUGAGCCACAGUCCAGGGCAGUUUCUCCACCGGUCCCAGCUAGAAGAAAUCAGCUGAGAGCUUAUGAUGAGAAGAAGAGCGUGAUCAGUGAGCUGACUGAAUUGAGGAAGCAGCUGAGAAGUGAGCAGAGACGCCUAGAGGGCCGACUACAAGAUACAGAGCGAGAUAAUGAUUCAUUACCUUCCAUGAGCGGAAGAAGAAGGGAGAGGAGUUCAGCGGAUGUCUUUGACCUGGCCAGACAGAAGCUUCAAGCAACUGUAAGGAGGCCGUCUUUAAAGGGCCUGGAUAGUGUGAAUAUUCAGAACAUCAGAGAGUUCAAUGACCUUAAGUACAGGGAUACUGACACGCGCGAAGGUGUUAGGAUCAUGUUUCCUGACCCUCCAAAGGAUGAUCAGACGCUAGAGAUCCAGCAACAGGCAUUGCUGAGGGAGCAGCAGAAAAACAUGAACAAGAUAAAGAGGAGAGCAGUGAUGCCAGAUGAGUUUGGACCAGUCCCUGCACGCAGCCUCCACCGCCCAGGAAUGCUCAGCAAUCCAUCAAAGGACCUAAUGAAGACCUCACUGCUGGAAUCUGAGAGUGCCUUCAUAGGUGAAAAUGGAGAACCAUAUAACGCAUUCUUUGAUCGAUUCCCUGAUCCAGAAGAAUUACCUUCAGCCAGAGAGCGCAGGAGGCACAAGAAUAAGGUCUUGGACUAUGAUAAUGAUGUUCCUCCUGUGCCUCCCAUCCCCUUAAAUCAACCAGACCGUUACUCAUUGAACUCUGCUGCUAGCUUCAAUGUAGAUGAACUGCGGACCAGAAAUGAUGAGCGUCUCAGAAGAUUAAGUAACUUCCAGAGAAGCAUGGUCAGCAUAGAUGAUAAUCCAGAUGGUUUUGGAAAUGCAGAGGACCUUCUGAAACCGUUUCCUACCAAGCCUGGUGACAGACCUCACUCUGUGGACACAGUUGCAACAGAUCCAUGGAUGCGUCCAGGCACAUCGGAGACACUUAAGAGGUUCAUGACUGGACAGAUGAGCCAUGAUAACAAUGAAAAUGCCUUAACCUUCAACUGGCAGGGCCUGUCCACUGCUCAUGGGUAAUGGUCAUUGGACAGAACCAUUGGUGAUUUGAAGAGCUUGUUUUUCAUUUCCAACAUUAUUUUUCACCCUUUAUUGUGGGUGGAUAAGAGAACAUUUUGGAAUUAGAAUUUCCAGUUUCAGAUUUGACCUUUCAGCACAGCCCUUUAUGUGCCUUUCCAAUAGAUUGAAUGUUGAUCACUAUAGCACUUUUCACAUUUUGUGGCUGAUAAUAAAUGUUACCUACAGACACUUGAA